UUUUUUUCUUACAAUGUGAUUGUUUCUUUGUUAUAUUUUUAUCGAUUUAUUCCAUCCAUCAAUCAUGUUUCUCUGAUUUUGAGGAGAUCCCCUGGCCUUGGGGUAUGUGCGUUCAUUUGGUCCGUUUCUCCUAAUUAAUGGUAAUCUAACUAUGAUGACUGAUGAGUGAUGAUGACCUUUGUCAAUUGGAAAUUGGAAUCGACUUGCCCACCUCGAUCCACUUCUGUAAUAUUGAAUCUCGCUCUCGCUCUCGCUCUCGCUCUCGCUCUCGCUGGCUGGUGGAAAUGUUGAUUGUUGAAUUGGGGGAGGCUUUAGAAUUGUAUGUAGUGGAAGAGGCGAGGGGUCUUAAUAGAACCAAUAGGGGAUUUUGGAAUAUUAUUAAAUAAAGCGGAUAACAUAUAUCGAUCUGUAGAUUCGGAAACCAAUUGCAAGUCAAAUUCCAAAAACGAUAUUUCUGGAUUAGAAUUGUAAUCAGAGUUGUAAUGUGAUCAGGAUUUGCUUGGAAACCAAGGCACCCUCUACCUCUACUAAUUGUAAAUCCAUGCCUUUUAUUCUAUAUCCUCAAAUUCAAUGAAUUACAGGUGACAAGAGGUACUGGAUUUGAUUUGCAGACAAAGAGUCAAGAGAGUAGAGAACCCAUCGUCUCUUUAGAUGGGCGUAAGAGGACAUUGAAACAAACUGAAGACUGAUAUAGAGAUUGAAUAGAUAGGUCGGCCUUAGUAUGGAGAGCGUUUAUGAACCCUACUUCGAUCCAGAUUUCGAUUCCCUUAUCGAAAGAAUACAUCCGCCGAGGGUUUGUAUCGAUAACGACACACGUCAAGAUUGUACCCUUGUGAAGGUUGAUAGUGCAAACAAGCACGGGAUUCUAUUAGAGAUGGUUCAAGUGCUUACGGACCUUGACCUCGUCAUCUCCAAAUCUUAUAUCUCUUCUGACGGCGGCUGGUUCAUGGAUGUGUUCCAUGUGACAGAUCAGCUUGGCCAUAAAUUAACUGACCAGAGCCUCAUUCACUACAUUCAACAGGCAUUAGGUGCGGAAACAAGAAGAGGGAAAGGGAAAGGGAGCGAGGUGGAAACGUGCCUCGGAUGGAUUGUGCGGCCGAGACCCGUAUCAUCCACAGACUACACCGCUAUAGAGAUGACGGCUUUGGAUCGGCCGGGACUCUUGUCAGAGAUAGCUGCGGUUCUCGCCAAUCUCGGUUGCCACGUGGUCUCCUCGGUGGCUUGGACUCACAACGACCGCGCAGCUUCUAUCUUCUACGUGGAGGAUGUUUUGAGUGGUGGCGGGCCCAUCUGUUACCCGGAACGUCUCUCCCACGUGGAGAAGCAGCUGGAUAACGUGGUUGGGGCCCACCACCACCACCAUCAGCUGCCGGAGCUUGGAAGGAGUGCGGCGGUUAGGUUGUCAACGCCCGUAGGGGGCCGAAGUCAGAUGGAAAGGAGGCUGCACCAAUUGAUGUCUGCGAUGGAUCUUGGUGUAUACGACUGGUGCUGUUGCUGCUCUGGAGACGGAAUGACAGAGGAAGAAAGCCGCGACAUCGUUAGAGGUAGUACGUCUGAGGUGUCCAUAGAUAUAGAGAGUUGCAACGAGAGAGGUUACUCGGUGGUGAACGUGCGCAGCAAGGAUCGUCCCAAGCUGCUCUUUGAUACCGUUUGCACCUUGACCGACAUGAAGUACGUCGUCUUCCAUGCCACCGUUAGCUCCAAAGCCUCCCUCGCUGUUCAGGAGUACUAUAUACGUCAUCUGGACGGUUGCACUUUGGAUACGGAGGCCGAGAAACGUAUUGUCACCCAGGGUUUGGUCGCUGCCAUUGAACGGAGAGCUUCUCAUGGAUUAAGGCUGGACGUGUGCACUGGAAACAGAGUGGGACUACUUUCCGACGUGACGAGGGUAUUCAGGGAACAUGGACUGUCAGUGGCGAGUGCAGAGAUUGGUACACGUGGAGAGAGGGCAAUUGGGUCUUUCCACGUCACAGAUGUAUCAGGAAACGAGGUGGACUCAAAGACGGUUGAAUUGGUGAGAAGAGAGAUCGGUGGAACCAUCCUAGAGGUACAAAAAAUCCCUGCCUGGCUCAGUCGUAGCUCUUCUUGUAGCAGCAGCAGCAGUAGCGGUAGCUCUGUGGAGAAGAGGCCCAGAUUCUCAUUAGGCGGCCUCCUUUGGGCUAAGCUGGAACGCCUCUCCAACAACCUUGGCUCAAUUAGACCCUGAAUAGUGAGGAAAGUGUGUGUAAUUAAACACUUCAUUAAUAGUCUAUCUAAAGUGAUGGUAGUAGUAAAUACUAACGAAUAUCGAGUACCAUGUUACUUGUAGUAGAUUGUAUAUAUAUAUAUAUAUAUAUAUAUAUGAAUAAAUAUUUUUAAUUUGGAGGUAGAUUGUAGCUUUUCACCUUUGGAAUACUCUC